AUGAAUUUUGUAAUGAAGGCAGCUAUGGGAGGAGGGCCACCUGAUGUGGGCAAGAUGAUGGGAGGAGACAAGGAAGAGCCCGAUCCCGAUGCAGAGAAGAAAGAGGAAGAAAGACAAGAGGCUCUGAGGCAGCAGGAGGAGGAGAGGAAAGACAAAUAUGCAAAGAUGGAAGUGGAGAGGGAAUCAAUGCGACAAGGCAUCAGAGACAAGUACGGAAUUAAGAAGAGGGAGGAGGCUGAGGCUGAGGCCCAGGCUGCUAUGGAGCAGUCCGCAGAGGGCAGUCUGACCCGUCCUAAGUCGUCCGUGCCUAAGGGCUGCGGAGACGAUGACGACGAAGAGGAAAGCAUCAUGGACACGGUCAUGAAAUACCUCCCUGGUCCUCUCCAAGACAUGCUGAAGAAGUAGCCGAGCAACAACGUUUGU